AUGGCUACCCCUAGUGUCCUAGCUUUUGACGCUGGGGGUCGCGCCAUUGACUUUGAGGUCUGGGUCGACGAGCUGCAGCUGUUCUUACAGUGCGACAGGGCAGACGGUCUUUCUCUCUUUGACCUCACCUCUGGCGCCUCCCUUGCCCCUGCUGCUGAUGCUGACCCCACUGUUCGCUCCCAGUGGGCCACACGCGAUGCUGCUGCACGUCUUGCUGUGCGUCGCCACCUGCCUACCGCUGAGCGCGCGCACUUUAGUCAGUACAAGAGUGCUCAGACCUUUCGGUCGGUGCGGCGUCCGCCCCUAGCGGGAGACGCCGCCCUGGCAAGGGCAAGGGGGGCAAGGGCGCGGGUGGAGCUAGCGGGGGCGGUGGAGGUGGAGGUGGAGGUGGCGGAGGGAGUGGGGGUGGCGGUGGAGGUGGUGGAGGGGGUGGAGGUGCUAGUGGCGGCAGUGGAGGCGGAGGCGGCGGUGGCAGCGGCGUUAUUGGCGGGGGCGGCGGUGGUGGUGGAGGUGGAGGCGGCGGAGGUGGAGGUGGUGGAGGUGGUCGGAGUGGCGCUUCGCAGCGGAGCAGCACUGGGGGUGGUCAGUGCGAGCAGCAGCAGCAGCGUUCUCGCGACGUCCCCACCCCUCAGCAGCUCCUGUGGGGGUGCCCACCCCGCCCAGCGCUGCUUUGGCCGCGUGACGGACGCUUGGCGCCAGCAGUUCCCGGAGGCCACUGAGAUCCCCCGCUGGGGAGAGCUGUCUAGGGCUGGUGUAGCUAUCUUUGAUCUUGACUUUGAUGCUAUCCUUGCUGCCAUGUAUGCUGUGACUAUUAGUGAUGAGGGUGACUGUUACCGGUGUUUCCUGCCCGACCCGGGCAUUGGUACUGCUGCUCUAGGUGCCAGUGAGGCUACUGCUCUAGGUGCCAGUGCGUCUGUGCUCUCAGGUACUGGUGAGUCUGCGCUCUCAGGUACUAGUGAGUCUGCGCUCUCAGGUACUACGUCGGCUUCGGCCUCUCACACCUUCACCCUUGACUCUGGGGCGUCUCGCUCCUUCUUUCGGGACCGCACCACACCCACGCCGCUUAGUCGGCCGGUUGCGGUGUCCCUGGCUGACCCCUCUGGGGGUCCUGUCCUGUCUCGCUUCUCCACAGUCCUCCCGUGUCCGGCGGCUCCCUCUGGCACCCUGUCUGGUCUCUACCUCCCCUCGUUCUCUACGAACUUGGUGAGUGGUGCUGACCUACAGGAUGCAGGUGUCCACCAGUUCACUCCUGCUCCUCAGCGGGUGACGCACUGCACAGAGGCUAGCACAGGUCGCCACCUGGCUACGUUUACACGUCAGCCAGGGUCGAGCCUAUACAAUCUGACCACUGCUUCUCCUCCAGUUGCUGAGUCUGGUAGGGUCCCUGCGUCUGGUCAGGUGUUUGCUGCAGCGUCCAGGUCUGGUCCUGAGUUUGCCCCCUGUUCGUGUCGUCGCCUGUCUCACGAGACUCUCCUCUGGCACCACCGCCUUGGUCACCCCUCUCUGCUUCGGCUCAGAGGCAUGGCCUCCCGUCUUCUUGUGUCUGGUCUCCCCCGGUCCCUCCCUCCCCUUCCUCAGGGCCCUGGCCCUGCCUGUGUCCCCUGUGUCGAGGGGCGCCAGCGUGCUGUCCCUCACUCCUCCCAGUUUCCUCCGACAGAGGCCCGGUUGCAGACGCUUCACAUGGACGUGUGGGGCCCUGCCCGCGUCCGUGGACUAGGUCACGAGCGCUACUUCCUGUUGGUGGUUGACGACUACUCGCGUUACACCACAGUCUUCCCCUUGCGCAGCAAGGGUGAUGUCACUGAGGUGCUGAUAGACUGGAUCCGCGCAGCUCGUCUCCAGCUCAGGCAGAGCUUUGGCUCAGACUUUCCUGUUCUGCGUCUGCACUCGGACAGAGGCGGAGAGUUCUCCUCUGGCCUUCUGCGUGCCUACUGUCGUGCGCGAGGCAUCCGUCGGACCUUCACGCUUUCGGACUCACCGCAGCAAAAUGGGAUUGCAGAGCGCCGCAUUGGCAUGGUCAUGAACGUCGCUCGUACGUCUAUGAUGCAUGCGGCUGCCCCCCAUUUUCUGUGGCCGUUUGCAGUCAGGUACGCGGCGCAUCAGAUCAACCUUCACCCUAGGGUCUCCAUGCCGGAGACCUCCCCAGCCCUGCUGUGGACGGGGAAGGUUGGCGAUGCGUCGGCGUUCCGGGUCUGGGGAUCUCGGGCGUUUUUCUGCGACUUGUCUGCGGACAAGCUGUCCCCUCGUGCUGCUCCCUGCGUCUUCCUGGGGUUCCCCCCCGACGCCCCUGGGUGGCAGUUCUACCACCCCACCUCUCGCCGUGUUCUGUCCUUCCAGGACGUCACGUUCAACGAGUCGGUACCCUACUACCGCCUCUUCCCCUACCGCACUCCGUCCCUCCCCCCGCCCCCGCUCUUCCUUGUACCAGGUCCCCCCUCGGUAGACCCCCUCCCCCCUCAGGGUCCUGCCCCUUCAAGUGUGUCCCAGGUAGACGCAGUCGAGCCUGUCGAGGUCACUGGUGACUCUGGUGCUGCUGAGGGUGCUGAGCCUAGGGGUGUUGAGACUGGGGGUGCUGGGCCUGGGGGUGCUGAGCCUGGGGGUGCUGAGCCUGGGGGUGCUGAGCCUGGGGGUGCUGAGCCUGGGGGUGCUGGGCCUGAGGGUGUGGAGCCUAGGGGUGCUGAGCCUGGGGGUGCUACACCUGGAGGUGCCUUGCCUCCGGGUGCUGGGUCUGGGGGUGCUGAGCCUGGAGGUUCUCCGCCUAGAGGUUCUCCGGGUGCUUCGUCUCGCCGGGAGCCACUCUCUCCACAGGAGCUGCGCGAGUGGUUUGCCCGGCGCUGGAGCUGUGCUGCUGGUGCUGGAGGUUCGUCGGCCACUGAGGGUGCUGCUGUCGCGGGUCCCGAAGGUGCUCGUCCUGGGAGUACUGGAGCUGCUGGGCCUGCAAGUUCGACUAGAGCUGGUGCUGCUAAAGGUGCUGCUAGGGGUUCUGGAGCUGCUGGAGGUGCUGCUGGAGGUGCUGCUGGAGCGGGUACUCCUGCUGGGGGUCCUGGUGCUGUCCCUGCUGUUUCUGGUGUCGCCGCGCGGCCUCGACCGUACUUCGUUCCACUGCUGCAGCAGGUUCUUGGUCUUACACCUUCUACUGGUCCUCCUCCUCCUCCCUUAGAGGGUCCACAGCCUGUCCAGUCACAGUCACAGCUACAGCCUGCCUCUCCUUUGCCUGCUCCUUCUCCCUACGCUGGUCCUACUGGAGGUCUUACUGAGCAUCGUGAGCCUGCAUCUCGUCCUGCGUCGCCUGUUCGUGCUGCGCGCGCUAGUGGUCGCGGUUCGCGUCAGCGUCCUCCUCCUGUCCCUGGCACGCACCGGAUGUCUCUGCGUCCGUCUACUGCUCCUCUGCGUGCCCCUUUGCCUUCUCCUCCUGCGUCCUCUCUUCCUGCUCUUGCCGACCCGGAGUCGGACUCUCUUCGUGCUGCCAGUCCCACUGUCACGCGUCUCCUUGCUACUGCCGUCACUGACCCUUCUUUCGAGUCUACUGCUGCGUCUGCCCUUGUUGCUGAGCUCGUCGACUUUGCUGCUCGUUGUCGUCUAGACUACGCUGCUAGUCUUGUCGCUGAGUCUGAGUCUGUCUGUCCUCCGUCCGUCGGGGGUGAGUGUGCCCUUGGCACGGACGUCCUUGAGGACAGGCAGGAGGAGUUCCAGUGUCUGGCCGCUGCUUCACCUCAUCUCGUGUCCGUACUGCUUACCCCUGAGGGAGACCCGGAUGCACUUGACAUCCCGACUCCGCGCUCUUACGCGGAGGCGAUAGAGGGUCUCUACUCCUCUCAUUGGCAGGCAGCUAUGGAUGCAGAGAUGGCUUCCUGGAAGUCCACACGCACCUACGUUGACGCUGUCCCCCCUCCUGGGGCGAACAUCGUCAGUGGCAUGUGGAUCUUCGGGGUGAAGCGGCCGCCGGGUUUUCCGCCUGUCUUCAAGGCGCGUUACGUGGCUCAUGGCUUCAGUCAGCGGCAGGGAGUUGACUACUUUCAGACCUUCUCCCCCACCCAGAAGAUGACCACUCUUCGGAUACUGCUGCACGUUGCUGCUCACCGUGACUACGAGCUGCACUCUCUCAACUUCAGCACAGCUUUCUUGCAGGGCAGCCUGCACGAGGAGAUCUGGCUGCGCCGCCCACCUGGCUUCACUGGGUCUUUCCCUCCUGGUACCCAGUGGAGUCUCCGGCGUCCAGUCUACAGUCUCCGCCAGGCGCCACGUGAGUGGCACGACACACUGAGGACUACUCUGGCGGCACUUGGGUUUGCUCCUUCUACUGCCGACCCGUCGUUGUUUCUGCGCACCGACACCUCUCUGCCGCCGUUCUACAUCCUCGUGUAA